UUCAAAGAAGUCAGUCGCUAUAAGGGCGAGGGGAGACGAACGUAUCGGGUGACGAACGGUGAGGCGGGCAGAUACCUUCUGCAAGUUAUGUCCCUGGAAAUUGACUCGUACCUCAAAAUUUUUGCCACGUCACAGCCAGAUGUGACGGUCCUGCAUCCGGUCUUACCACCAGACUCCCAGGUCAAGGUCAACGUGUCGGACAAAAACAACGUCUUGUCCAUUGCUUGGUCGUCGGCAGCGUCCUACAACCGCGAGCCCGUGGAGCACUGCCUCACCAUUAGCAGGAUUAAAGAUUUCCAAACCUACUGCGGCGCCCUUGCGUACGUCAACGGCGAUAAAAAACCGUGGUUUACGAGGUGGGGAGCCAAGGAUGAAAAGCAGAAGAUCAUGGACGUGCGGAAGAAAGCCCGACCCGUGAAAAAAGCCCCCGCUAGCAUGAUUUUCCAUCGGUGCGUAUCAAACGGGACAUCCUACACGCACACGGGCAUCUGGCGUGGGAAUACCUAUUUCAUCAAUGUCUUCGUGGUCAAUCAGAAAUCCAGGGCCGCGUCGGCCUACACGGGUAGCUCGGUGACGACGAAGAGGUUGAAGAAGUCGUCGACGGUCCGCAUGAGGAUCGGCGAGACAAAGACUCUCCAACUGCGACAGAAGCGCAAGGUGCGGCUGGAUCUGAACGCCGCCGUGCCGAGGCUGGCGUUCGAGGUGCUACCUUGCGAGGGCAAAGUCUCGUUUGAGAUCUACCGCAACGGCACGAUAUACCUGAAAAAACGCGUGGCGAAGCGCUGGGGGCGACGCCUGAUUCAGCUGGCGGGUCCCGGCGUGUACCUCUUGACAUUCCCAAGGACGAUUAAGAAGACUUUUGUCACCGUUUCCAUUACCUCCCAUUCAACGAGGUCAAAAAUUUCCUUCCCAGAUAAAUGGGUUAUUAAAGUUUUUGAAAAGCUGACCACGUGCUCCAAUGUCACCCUGGCGUGGAUGGUGGCGAAGGAGAAUCAGAAGUACUGUGUUUAUAAGAAGAAACUGAGAAACAGUGGCGCGGACCCGCAUCGCAAACAAUGUCUUAGUCCGGACAAGCGGCCGGAGACGGAACGGGAUGUCUGCUUGUUUUCGAACGCCACCAGUGUUGGCAGGCGAGAGGUUAUGAAGCACGUUGUGCUGGGUUUGAGUCCCGGGACGUUGUACAGGUUUGAUGUUUUUCUAAGCCAUGGGAAGUCGGCCUCAGUGCCGUACAAAAGUGUCAAGGUCAGGACA